GUGAUCUGGAACGACUGACGUGAGAAAGCGAAUAAUUCAGGAAGCGAAUAAUUAGUCACGUGCAUGGAUUUCUUCUGUGGGCUGUCUGUGCUGACGAAGACUUGAUUGAGAAGAUGAAAUGUCGUUGUCAUUUGGAUGGUUCUGUACUAGAAGCAUGAGACGGUGAUUUAUCGUCAGACUUGUGCAGGGAUGAUGGCGUCGUCUGCACAGUCUGAUUCUUUGAAACCUAAAUCUCUUAUUAACGACUUCAGACUUCUUCUUACUGGCAUUGCUCUAGAGUUAAGGACUAUUGACGUCGAAACAAUCUUGUUCCUUUUGAAAGAUCACUUUAACCCACAUGAAAGGCUAGAAGAACAAGUACGACCAAAAGAACAGAACUGUGGAAUCAGAUUACUUACAUGUUUACAUGACCAUUUCUUUUUGUCUGAAAACAACUUGGAUCUGCUCAUUAAGGGACUAAAUACGGCAAAACGCCAGGAAUUGGCUGAAAGAGUGAAGAAAUAUACAGUUAAAUCAGUGGAUUACAUUCAAGUACCAGCCGAAACAUCAUCAGCAAUGUCAUAUUUGGUACAUUUCAUUGUCAACAUUGGUGGAAAAAGCCCUUUUACUAAUGACAACAUUCAGCAAAUAAGAAGGUGUAUUGGAAAAGGUCUGGCAAUAGAGCUUAUUGAUGUAUUCUUUUGGAGUGUCGACUGGUUGCAAUCAGGGUGUGUUGAUGUGACAUAUGCACUACAUACAAAUGAAGACAAGAUAUUGCAGUUACAAAAGGAUGCAUUAAACAAGAAAGAUUGGUUAACUAGACUUGGUGUACAAAUACUUCGAGUAAAUGAACAGUCACCAAUAAUGAUUACAUCAAAGGAUAAACAAGUGUGCAUGAAGCAGCCAUGUACAUUAAGGCCUCGUCAAGCAGUGAGAAGUGUCUUAGGAAAUACUUGUCCAGACACUAUUUUACAUUCCAGUGAAAUGGUAGACAUUAUUCUUGCCAUUGAGGUGCCAUGGUCUGUUAACGUACACCAUUGCAAAGCAGUUGCUGAUCAGUGUGAUGAGGCUAUCAAUAACUUUGAAUCCAACAAGAGAAUCUCACUAAUCACAUAUGGGCACCAUUCAGCUAGAAAGCCUUCAUGCACGGGACUCAAGUUUGAACACAUUGCUUUGGGAGGUGAAGAUUUUCAUGAAGGAAGUCUACCCAUAACAGAUACUGUUACCAAGAGAGGGCAAUGUGGGUCACAAACUUUAGGCAAUAGUGGGAUUGCCGAUGCAUUAAGAUGUGCUUAUGGUUUGGCAAAUAGUGUUCGGCCACAAGCUACCAAAGUCUGCAUACUUACGUGUUUCCUCAGUGAUAAAUCUUCCAAUCUGGAACAUUACAAAUGUUACCAUGGCAUUGACCCAGUGAAAAUUUGCCAUCUUCUAGCAGAAUCUUGUGCAUCAUUGUAUAUUGUUGGUAUAGUAACAAACGAAAAGGAUGAGCACAUCUUAAGAAAGGAAAAUCACUUUUUAUCUGGUAUUACUCACAUUACUGGAGGCAGGUACUUUGAGAUCAAUGACAUCAACCGUCUACGUCCAGUUAUUGAGUAUAUUUUAAAAGAAACGGCAUCAAUUGAGAAAGUCAUGGGAACAGUGAAUGAUAUUGUCAUUGGUGAAAUCAAUGCACAAUAUGGUGAUGUUAACAAUGUCCAUCUUGCUGAACAUCUUAAUGAUGAACUUCACAAAAGAAAUGUGAAGGUGGAGAAAAUAAAAAUCCAUCAAGGAACUCCUCUAAAACCCAUCUCAAAGUUAUCAGAAAGAGUAGCCUGGGCAAAUGACCUUGAUGAUGCUAUUGAAGGCUUGAAGAAUAUGAGAAUCACUCACAAUGAACCAGCAGAAGUCCAAGCAACACAGGAAAUCCAGGUGUCACAUGAUGACCCUGACAUGGAAGUGUCAUCCCGUAUGGUCAUACGCCAAUUGCAUCGUUCAGCUUAUUCAAUGAAUAAAUCAAUACAGAAAGUGAACUAAUAAUUACAAUACAUUGAAAUUAUACUUUGAAUGUUAGAAUUAAUCAUAUUUUUAAAAGAACCUUAACCUGUUAGCAAAGUUUCAUUUGACACAAUUUCUGACAAGAAAUGUUGAUUUUAAUUUGGAGACUCUGCUGACAGUGAGUACACAAUAGAGAAUAUAGAAAUUAGGCUUUGCAGCCAUUUGCAAAGCUUUGCACUGAAGAUCAUAAAUUCAUUUGCUGCAUAAGUAUAUUUUUGUUGUAAUGCAUGAAAAAACUUGUUCAACAAGGCUGCAUCAUGGAAUAGAACAGGAGAUCAUAUGUUACUUAAAGAAGCGAAAUUUGUUGUAAACGAGGCUAAUAUUUAAUGCAAACCUAUAUAAUAUUACCCAAAGGUGAGAUCAGUUAAUUUUAAUUGUACAUAUUUUAGUUAAUUCAGACAUUUAAUUGAGCUACUAGAAAAUCAACUCCACAAAUUACCUAUAUCUUUAAGGCAUAAAUGGUUAAGUAUUUUUCAGGAAAUCAAGUGCUGAAUUUUUCUCAAGAAAUGUCUGUGGUGGGCAUUAUACUCUUGAAUUUUUGCUCUAGACUUUGCAGUUUUUAAAAGCUGAUAUCUUGAAAUGUAAAAAGCAGAUCUUUGCUGUAAAAAUUUGAGGUUUUAUGUGCCUUCUUUUCAUUUUUGAUAUUUUGAAUGUACAAAUGUAAAGCACCAUGAUGUAUAACCUGGUUUUCACUAGUACAUAGGCAUAAGCCAUCAACAAAAGAAAAGACAAAGGAAUUAAUUCAAGCAUGCUGCAUAUAAGCAUAUAAUGGUUUUCCUGCGUUUGCUCUACAAUCGUUGACAAAAUCCUUGAACCAUUCCAGCGAAUUUCCUCAUUUUAAGCAACACAUGCAGACAAUUUCAUCCCCCCUCUUCUGCUAUUAAAUGCAAUGUUGUCAUUGAGCAUGUUACCAUGAUAGAACACAACCAUCCAAAACAAGACCCAACAUUGAUGAAAGGGGGGAAUUAAGGGGGGAAUUGUGAAAAAAUAAAGGAGGAAAAUGUUAGGCUGGAGACAAAUAAUUCUAUGGUGCAAGGUUUUUUGUAGUCUCCUCGCAGCUGUGUUUAGUUUCGGUCAUGCAACCUGUGGAGGUUGUGUGACUCUUGACCGAAACUAAACGUAGCUGUGAGGAGACUAGGUUUUUUGGCAACGAUUAUAGUAAGUUAUGGUAGUGGUGAUAAUAUUAACAGUACAUAAGAUUUGACUAUUCGAGACUUUUACUAAAACUUUUAUAGCUUCAUAUACUCUGUCACUUCUGAUUUAGAAAUGUGAGAUUUUGAGAACAGCAAUCAAUUUAAUUAUCUGAAGAAUUUGAGACAAGACAAAUUAUUAAGCAGAAAGGAGAAAUAAUUUUAGACUUCAAAUGCAAUAACAGACAAAUUACCCAAGAAUGUUUCGGAAGGUGCCAUUUGCCACCUCUACCAAUAUGGACAAACUUGCCUUUUCAAGAAUUUUAUUUCUGUCUCAACUUACAACAGUGUUUAGCUAUGCUAAUAGAAUUGCAAAUGUUAAGAAAAACCUCAAAGAAAACAUAAAAAUUAUGAAACUGUUUGACAGUUAUCUAUUUUCCUUAGUAUGACUUUCAUGUUUAAUCAAAUAAAAUCUUUUAUAUUAUUAGAGCUUUUAUAAUACACUCAUCAUUAUUAGUAUAAUUUCUUGAGCUAUGAAAAACAUUGUUAUAUAGCCUGCCAACUUUACAAAUAGUAUUUACAGCGUGUUUUAUCACAUUAUAAUAUUAUAUUUUUUGAAUAAUUCAAAGAAAAAAUAAAAUAAAAUAAAAUCCAGCAAAUAUUAUGUAAAUACUUUCAACAAAUGAUUGAGAAUAGGUGUCUACAGAAUAGUAUUCUUAUAAAAAAGUCUUUACAGUUCAAUUCACCAUCUUCAAAUGUAACCCCUCUGCAUCAUCAAAGCCAAAGGCGAUCGAUCAGUAAUCAUGAGUGUAAAAGUAUGGGUGCAAACAAAGGUUUCUACCAUUUUUACUGGUUCAGUGUCAAGACACAGUUGCAUUUCAGGAUGGUGUAGAGAAUUGUUGAGCUCAUUUUGCACUUCAAAUAUUGGUUAUUGGUUAUGGUUUUCAUCAAGAAUAAAGGUGAACAUAUAAUG